UGUCUCGUGGUUUAGAGCAGGGGCUGUGUGUGUGUCGGAAGUAAUAAUAGGGCCCCGAGUCGGCUCGCUAGGCUAAUGUCAUUUUAGCCUUCCUGCUUCCUGUCAUUUCAGGUCCUAUUCAGUCACCAUGAAGAGAUUCAGCUUGCCGCAAAACGAGCCUUUCCUUCUGAGUCUUGACUGACGGGAAACACAAAGCUGUGACAGUCCAGCUGGUUCGCAGUCAUGCAGCACCCCAAUUUCGAGACCCGUCACCCGCUCCAGACUGACGAUCAGCAGGAGACUGGUUUUGACCCACUCCACAGUUUCAACAAGAAUCGCAGCAGCGGCUCUCUUGACAGCAGCACUGUUUCGCAGUCUCAGUCGACCUUUCUCUCAUACGGGAAAGAAUGGGACGUGUUUCUCAAUAGUAAUUACCUGGCCAGGAUCCGGCAGGCAGGCAUCAACGGUCGGCUGAGGAGCAGCCGCUUUCGGAGCGUGUGCUGGAAGUUGUACCUGGAGGUUCUUCCAGAGGAUAAGGGCCAGUGGAUCAACAAGACAAAGGAGCUCCGGGCCCAGUAUGAGAAGAUCAAAGAGAUGCAUAUCACUAACCCCCGCAAGGCUGCAGGCCAGCAGGACCUAGUGAUAAACAACCCACUAUCCCAGGAUGAGGGGAGUUUGUGGAAUAAGUUCUUCCAGGAUAAAGAGCUAAAGGGGAUGAUCAAGCAGGAUUGUGUUUUAGAACGUAAAUUUCCUGAGAUCCGAUACUUCCAGGACGAAGAUGUGAGGACCAAGCUGACUGAUAUUCUCUUCUGUUAUGCCAGAGAAAAUGAACAGUUACUGUACAAACAGGGGAUGCACGAGUUGCUGGCUCCCAUAGUGUUCGUGCUACACUGUGACCAUCAAGCCUUUCAGCAUGCCAGUGAGACGGCCAGCCCCAGUGAGGAGAUGAAGUGUCUGUUAAACCCAGUGUACCUUGAGCAUGAUGCCUAUGCCAUGUUCUCACAGCUAAUGGAGACAGCAGAGCCAUGGUUCUCCAGCUUUGAAAGGGAAGUGAGGAAGGGUAAGGAAGAGAUGUUGACCACCAUCCCAUUCGCUCGACCCCAGGAUGCUGGGCCAUCUGUUGCCAUAGUGACCAAAGUCAACCGUAUCCAGGACCAGCUGGUGAAGAAGCAUGAUGUAGAGCUGCACAUGCACCUCAACCGGCUGGAGAUCGCCCCACAAAUCUACGGGAUCCGGUGGGUUCGCCUGCUGUUCGGCCGUGAAUUUCCUCUUCAGGACCUGCUGGUGGUGUGGGAUGCCUUGUUUGGUGACAGCAUCACUCUGGACCUGGUGGACUACAUCUUUGUGGCCAUGCUGCUCUAUAUCCGAGAUGCUCUCAUUGCUAGUAACUUCCAGACAUGCCUAGGCCUCCUAAUGCACUACCCUCCAAUAGGAGACAUCAACUCUUUACUGCAAAAGGCUCUGUUCCUCCGAGAUCCCAAAAACAAUCCACGACCUGUGAACUACCACUUCCAGCAGAACCUGGAUUACUACAAAACAAAGGGAGCUGAUCUGAUGAACAAGACACGUUCUGGCUCUACAAAAGCUCCUCCACUCAACAUCAACAAGGUCUCCAGCAGCCUGCUGAGCUUCGGCAGGAAACUCAUUGCUCCAGCCAUGCCCGGUCCAUCCAGUGGCAUUUCACCAAUCAACAGCGACAUACACUCCUCGUCUUCUUCCUCCUCAGCCACCUCCCCUGCCUCUGCACCUACGCCCAUCAUACCACACCCGCUGGCAGAACCUCCGGCUCAAGCACAGGGCCAGGCCCAGACUCAGCACUAUCGCUUGCUCAAGUCUGAAAGCAUGCCCGUCCACCUCAGCAAAGAUGGAGUUUCAGGUGGAGUGUCUCAGGUCUCAGCCCAGGCUCACAGUGACACACAAGGGCAAAGCUCGAGGACAGUCAGCUCCUCCCCCAGCAUAGAAAGCCUCUCAGGUGGCCGCGGUCAAUCCACUGCCUCCCCGCCUCUUCCCGUCUCCAGAGGGAGUGAUGUCAGCACAUCAUCUCCGCCCCUUUCCGCCAAUAAGAAGGAGUCAUUCUUUAACAUCACUCGCUCUCGUUCCCACAGCAAGACCAUGGGCAAGAAAGAGACAGAAGAAGAUCUGGAAGCCCAAGUCUCUUUUCUUCAGGGCCAGAUCAACGACCUGGAGGCUAUGAGCAAAUACUGCGCUAAGAUGAUGAAUACGCAUAUCUGUAAAAUCCAGGAAGUGAUUCUCCAAGAGCGCCUUGAGAAAGAGGAUGAGGUCCUGGUCUCGCUGGCUGGACUCAAACAGAUCAAAGACAUCCUAAAGGGGGCACUGCGCUUCAACCAGAGCCAGCUGGAGGCCGAGGAGAAUGAAGAAAUCACCAUCGCUGAUGACCACUACACCUCCACGGCAGCAGCACGUGAAACUGCUUUAAGCACCGAGAUUAAUCUCCACAGUGACCGGCAACAGCAAGCAAACAUCAGGUCGAGCAGAGACGCCGAGCUGGAAGGGAGCACGAGCACGGAUGAGAAGGAGGAGGAGGAGCAGGCCAUGACACCACCUGAUCAACAGGCGGCAUCUUCUCUGGGUUCAGAGGGUAAGAACUGGGAUGAUUACAUCCUCAUUUCCCAGGACGUAGACCUGCAGGCCGAAAGUGGAGGAAGGGCUGCAUCCGAGCGCACACCUCCAAUCAGACGGGGCCGGGGCAUGGUGCGAAUGGAACCUGAGGGCGCAGCUGGAACUUUCCAAGACCCCUUAAUGGCUGGCACCACCUCAGGUUCCUCCAGCCCAGAUGAAGGCUCCACCCACAGCAAGGACUCUGACUUUACCAUUGUUAACCCGAACGACCUGUGAAUGCGUAAAAUCACCGCUCUUGUCCUUCUCUUAUACCUAUUCUGUUUCAUAUCCCAUUCAGGGGUCUGAUCAGAGAAAACUGACUCGGGAUCAGAGAGGGGCACCUGCAGUUGAUGGUGGAGCGCUGCUGAAACUGCUCUCAACUUAAAAAUUGCACAUGUGGACUGUGACACUGAGUCACAAAUACCCGAUGCUCUCUCUUUAAUCUGUGCCACUUCAGUCCUGUCUGAGCUGAUGCUGUAGCUGUCUCAUCUGCCUGACUCCUUAUUAUACUGGGCCUUUAGUGGGUACCAUGUAACCUCAUCUGUCACUUAUGAUUUUUUUGUAGUUCCUUGCUCUACAGAGAGAGGGUGCCAUUGAACUGCUUACCCUGUCACUACAAGACUCUAAAGCGUUGGACCUCAAACUGCAGUUUACCUUCAGGAGGGGACUCUCUUCUCUAACUGUAAUGAUUGAGAGUGCGAUGCUCUUGUUCCUCGUAAAUGUGGAGACCUGGCCAUACCUGUGCGCGUGUCUGUCCUUAAAGAGGAGGCUCUCUUCGCUGAUACUCAAAGGAAAGAAGGAUGAUGUCCUCCUGUCACUUGUUGAGGGCAGCAUCUCCCCAUAAACCAGUGCCUCUGACCAUUAUUCUCCUCUCAGCCAAACAAAACCUAAUUCUGUGAUGCGUUUUUUUUUUUUUUUUUUUUUAAUGAACACUUUUAAAGAUAUUUUUUAAUCCUAUAGACCUUUAAUUUCCCAGAUAAAUAUGAUUAAACUAUGGAAUAUGUCUCCUUUUUCCUUUGUUUUAAAAUUGAUACCAAUGUAGACAAUUUAAUGUCGGUUGUCUUUUCUCACAUUACAGGCAAGUUGUUCUCGUGUUCUGUGAAAAUUACGCAAAGCAGCACACAAAGACUGUUCCUCUAUAGCUGCCUAUUCAGCAUAAUUAACUCUAGACCAAUAAAACUACAUUGCUCUUGCUAAA